GAACGCAAUGCCAAGACCUUCGCUUCUCACUUUGAUGUUGGCCAGUUCUCUGAUCUCUGUAACUGGAGGUUAUAGUAUCAGGCUGGUGAAUGGUAGAAAUGUCUGCUCUGGAAGAGUUGAGAUCCUUUAUAAUGGCCAGUGGGGGACAGUGUGUGAUGAUGACUGGGACAUGAAUGAUGCUGCUGUGGUGUGCAGACAGUUGGGAUGUGGAAGAGCUGUGAGUGCACAUAGCAGUGCUCAUUUUGGCCAGGGAAGUGGUCAGAUCUGGUUGGAUGAUGUGAGAUGUUCAGGAAGUGAAUCAUUGCUCACACAGUGCUCACAUCCUUCAUUUGGAACACAUAACUGUGGUCAUUCUGAAGAUGCAGGUGUCGUCUGCUCAGAUCCGUUAGGUCUAAGAUUGGUCAGUGGUUCUGAUUCAUGCUGUGGAAGAGUGGAGAUCCGUUAUAAUGACCAGUGGGGAACCGUGUGUGAUGAUAACUGGGACAUGAAUGAUGCUGCUGUGGUGUGCAGACAGUUACAGUGUGGAUCAGCCAUCAGUGCACCUCAUAGUGCCGCUUUUGGUCAAGGCAGUGGAUCGAUCUGGCUGGAUGAUGUUGGAUGCUCAGGAAGUGAAGGAACCCUCACACAAUGUUCACACAGUGGAUUAGGAACACAUAACUGUAAUCAUGGUGAAGAUGCUGGUGUUGUUUGUUCAGGUGAGCUGCGGAUGCCAACCCUUUUCCUGACCUCCACACAUGCAGUUGUUUCUCAUGGAGAAAAUAUCCAGUUCAGAUGCACAACACCUAAACCAAGAUGCAAUGCUAAUGCUGAAUUCCAGCUCUUCAGAAAUGGUUUAUCUGUAUCCUCCCAGACACAUGUAUCUAGUGUGACUUUCAACCAUAAUGUAGACGUUUCACAUCAAGGCAGCUACAGCUGUUGUUACUCCUACCAAAACAACAUCAAGUCACCUUAUAGCAACACUGUUAAUAUCACUGUGGUGAACUUGCAGCAGCCCAACAUUUCCCACAGUGCUCCUGAUGGACAGUUUGUCGUGGGGUCUCAGGGGCCAGUGAUCACCAGGGGCCACAGUUUCACUAUCAUCUGUUCCACUGAAUCUCAGUAUCCUGGAGGCUCUUUUCACCUUUUCAGAGGGUCAAGCAUCACCAGGAGUGAGUCAGCUGUCAAUCACUCCUCCUCCUUCUCCUUUCCUGAGGCAGAUUAUUCACAUGAGGGAAACUACAGUUGUGUUUAUGAAGUCAGUGUCUCCUCACGCUCCUUCCGUUCAUCUGCCUCUGAACUGCUGCUCAUCACUAUCACAGAUCUGAGAUUGGUCAGUGGUUCUGAUUUAUGCUGUGGAAGAGUGGAGAUCCGUUAUAAUGGCCAGUGGGGAACCGUGUGUGAUGAUAACUGGGACAUGAAUGAUACUGCUGUGGUGUGCAGACAGUUACAGUGUGGAUCAGCCAUCAGUGCACCUCAAAGUGCUGCUUUUGGUCAAGGCAGUGGAUCGAUCUGGCUGGAUGAUGUUGAAUGCUCAGGAAGUGAAGGAACCCUUACACAAUGUUCACACCGUGAAUUAGGAACACAUAACUGUAAUCAUGAUAAAGAUGCUGGUGUUGUUUGUUCAGGUGAACUGCGGAUGCCGACCCUUUCCCUGACCUCCACACAUGCAGUUGUUUCUCAUGGAGAAAAUAUCCAGUUCAGAUGCACAACACCUAAACCAAGAUGCAAUGUUAAUGCUGAAUUCCAGCUCUUCAGAAAUGGUUUAUCUGUAUCCUCCCAGACACAUGUAUCUAGUGUGACUUUCAACCAUAAUGUAGACAUUUCACAUCAAGGCAGCUACAGCUGUCAAUACUCCUACCAAAACAACAUCAAGUCACCUUAUAGCAACACUGUUAAUAUCACUGUGGUGAACUUGCAGCAGCCCAACAUUUCCCACAGUGCUCCUGAUGGACAGUUUGUUGUGGGGUCUCAGGGGCCAGUGAUCACCAGGGGCCACAGUUUCACUAUCAUCUGUUCCACUGAAUCUCAGUAUCCUGGAGGCUCUUUUCACCUGUUCAGAGGGUCAAACAUCACCAGGAGUGAGUCAGCUGUCAAUCACUCUGCCUCCUUCUCCUUUCCUGAGGCAGAUUAUUCACAUGAGGGAAACUACAGUUGUGUUUAUGAAGUCAGUGUCUCCUCACACUCAUUUCGUUCAUCUGCCUCUGAACUGCUGCUCAUCACUAUCACAGAUCUGAGAUUGGUCAGUGGUUCUGAUUCAUGCUGUGGAAGAGUGGAGAUCCGUUAUAAUGGCCAGUGGGGAACCGUGUGUGAUGAUAACUGGGACAUGAAUGAUGCUGCUGUGGUGUGCAGACAGUUACAGUGUGGAUCAGCCAUCAGUGCACCUCAUAGUGCCGCUUUUGGUCAAGGCAGUGGAUCGAUCUGGCUGGAUGAUGUUGGAUGCUCAGGAAGUGAAGGAACCCUCACACAAUGUUCACACAGUGGAUUAGGAAGACAUAACUGUAAUCAUGGUGAAGAUGCUGGUGUUGUUUGUUCAGGUGAGCUGCAGAUGCCGACCCUUUCCCUGACCUCCACACAUGCAGUUAUUUCUCCUGGAGAAAAUAUCCAGUUCAGAUGCACAACACCUAAACCAAGAUGCAAUGUUAAUGCUGAAUUCCAGCUCUUCAGAAAUGGUUUAUCUGUAUCCUCCCAGACACAUGUAUCUAGUGUGACUUUCUUUAGUGGACUUGUCUUCUCAGCUCUGGCCUGUGGGAUCCAUUUACCUGCAGAGUUCAGCUCCAACCCUAAUCAAACACACCUGAACACGAUAAUCAAGGUGUUUAAUAACACUAGAAAGGUACAGGCAGGUCUAAGAUUGGUCAGUGGUUCUGAUUCAUGCUGUGGAAGAGUGGAGAUCCGUUAUAAUGGCCAGUGGGGAACCGUGUGUGAUGAUAACUGGGACAUGAAUGAUGCUGCUGUGGUGUGCAGACAGUUACAGUGUGGAUCAGCCAUCAGUGCACCUCAUAGUGCCACUUUUGGUCAAGGCAGUGGAUCGAUCUGGCUGGAUGAUGUUGGAUGCUCAGGAAGUGAAGGAACCCUCACACAAUGUUCACACAGUGGAUUAGGAAAACAUGACUGUAAUCAUGGUGAAGAUGCUGGUGUUGUUUGUUCAGGUGAGCUGCAGAUGCCGACCCUUUCCCUGACCUCCACACAUGCAGUUGUUUCUCCUGGAGAAAAUAUCCAGUUCAGAUGCACAACACCUAAACCAAGAUGCAAUGUUAAUGCUGAAUUCCAGCUCUUCAGAAAUGGUUUAUCUGUAUCCUCCCAGACACAUGUAUCUAGUGUGACUUUCAACCAUAAAGACGUUUCACAUCAAGGCAGCUACAGCUGUCAAUACUCCUACCAAAACAACAUCAAGUCACCUUAUAGCAACACUGUUAAUAUCACUGUGGCUCCGUUAGGUCUAAGAUUGGUCAGUGGUUCUGACUCAUGCUGUGGAAGAGUGGAGAUCCGUUAUAAUGGCCAGUGGGGAACCGUGUGUGAUGAUAACUGGGACAUGAAUGAUACUGCUGUGGUGUGCAGACAGUUACAGUGUGGAUCAGCCAUCAGUGCACCUCAUAGAGCCGCUUUUGGUCAAGGCAGUGGAUCGAUCUGGCUGGAUGAUGUUGGAUGCUCAGGAAGUGAAGGAACCCUCACACAAUGUUCACACAGUGGAUUAGGAAAACAUGACUGUAAUCAUGGUGAAGAUGCUGGUGUUGUUUGUUCAGGUAAGUUAAAUCUUUUGCAUCUUGCCACAAAAUUUUUAAUGAAAUGA